AUGGCGACCAAAGAAUUGAUAGUUCUAACCGCCAUUUUCGGCGUUGUACUUUCGUUAAAUAAUACUCAAAUUGUGACUACUACUGAGGGUAAAGUGGAAGGAACUUUGGAUCCCAGCGGACUGUAUUACCAAUAUCUUGGAAUAAGAUACGGAGUGCCUAAUAAAUUUCGGGCUCCAUCACCACCACCGAGUUUCUCUGGCGUGUACCAGGCGAAUAAUCCGAAUGUCCUCUGCCCACAAUUCCCAACACACGACCCUCUAGCUGCUCCAAGUGAUAAUGAAGACUGUCUCGUUCUUAACAUCUACGUGCCUUCAUUCCUCAACAGCACUUUCCCAGUAAUGGUUUUCAUCCACGGAGGAGAUUUCGGCAUCGGUUCAGGAUCCAAAAGCUUCUACGGCGCACAAUACUUGAUUAGCCAUGGAGUUAUAGUCGUUACAUUGAACUAUCGUCUCAAUGUGUACGGAUUCCUCAAUCUGGGAAUCCCUGAUGCUCCAGGAAAUGCUGGUUUAAAGGAUAUUAGAGCAGCGUUGCGCUGGCUACAGGAUAACAUCGCAAACUUCAAUGGGAACCCAGAUAAUGUGACACUUUUUGGUCAAGGCAGUGGAGGUUUGGCAGCGAUUUAUAUGACCAUGUCAGAUACCACAAAUGGACUUUUCCAUAGAGUUAUCUCACAAAGUGGUACGCCGUUCGCGCCUCAAUCAUUCGACCCUCGACCUUUGAAGACAGCGAGUCACGUCGCCAAGUCAUUAGGCCUCAUAAGCGAAGAGCCUGAUGAAUUAUUGAAGCUAUACUCCGACACACCGAUAGACGAGGUCGAAGAAGCUAUAUCAAAGCAAAUGAAUUCACGUUCCGUCUUCCUGCCAUCAGUUGAAGAUAUUUUUGAUGAUGAAGAAGCAUUUUUAUUAGAUUCGCCAUUCAAUAUGCUAGCAUUAGGUAAAGAGCACAAAUCUUUCAAUCCUGUACCGAUGAUAAUCAGUCUAAACACGGUAGAAGGACUAACAAGCACUCUAGAUUAUUACACAAUCACUAGUCAAAUGGAUAGGAUCAAAAACGAAGAUUUCUCAGCGUUGGACCAAAGAAGUCUUGUAGUACCAAAAAAGGAGAGAGAGGAAUUUAGGAAUACACUCACGGAAACAUACUUCACGAAUAUAACUUCAGAUGAAGCAUUAGUCGGUGGCAUUAUAAACUUAAACACAGAUUUCUCAUACGUAGGACCAUCAUCUUUAUUCGCUGAAAUGUACUCAAACACCAGUGUGCCAAUCUACCAAUGUAUAUUCAGCUAUAUAGGCAACAGAAAUCUAGGAAGGCUGCUAACUAACAGCAGUCUCCCAGCGACAGCGAAUAGAGACGAAUUAUUCUAUGUGUUUGAACUGGAAAGACUUCCUCUACCAAUGGACGAAAAUGACGCCAGGAUUGUAACUUUCAUGACCAUGAUGUGGACAAACUUCGCCAAAUACGGAUCACCAACCCCCGACCCCACAGCUGGUGAAUGGCUGCCUUAUCCUUACCACCUGGAAAUAAACCUGGAACCACAAUACGUGGCCCCUCUCACACCAGACAGAGCAUACUUCUGGCGUCACUUCUACUAUAAAUACGGUGCUGACGUUCCUAGAGAGUAA